AUGAGGACUUUUCUGGUUGGUGGAGCAGAAAGAUUGAUUAAUCGAUUGCAAAAGCAUGGUGAGGAAGUUGGAACCACUGAUUUCAAUUUUUGUAUGUGCUAUGUAAAACCCCUUGCUAAAGGAGUAAUUAAGGGAAUGUUUGUCCCCAAACUUAGCGGAAAUGGUGUUGUAGGUGAGGCUAUUGCCCUUUUGGGUGCCCUUAUCAUGUCGCACAAUCUUUUCCUCCACUCUGCUCUAGUGCUAUCUCGAAAAAUACCCGGUACUAAGCGCGACAUCAAUAUUAUGCGGGAUGCAUGCAUAUACUUUCUCAUUGAGAGUGGUUUCACGUUGUUCGUUGCAUUUCUAAUCAAUGUUGCAAUGAUUUAUGUGACUGGUACUGCUUGCAAAGCUGAUGAUAUUUCUGGAGAGAAUGCUGAUCGUUGCAAUGAUAUUACCCUUAACUCUGCUUCUUUCCUUCUCCAGAAUAUGUUGGGACGUUCAAGCUCAACUAUUUAUGCCAUAGCAUUAGUAGCCUCAGAACAAAGUUCUGCCAUCACUGGAACCUAUGCAGGCCAGUUUAUCAUGUAG